UCUCUCUCAAAAUAAAUGAUUAACUUUGAAAAAUCAUGUAAAUCUACCACAACUGAUUAUCCUAAUUGCAUCCAAUUGUACCAAAAUGCUGCAGGCUUCCACUGCAGGGCUGGGUACGGGACAUGGACCUUGCACCUCAGCCUUGUGUGCUGUGAGGUGCUCACAACCCUAUGUCACCAGAAGACAAAAACAGAAGGAGAUGCAGCAGGAAAUGGUUGUGGUGAAGACAAGAAAGAAGUGUGGCUGUGCACCGGGCUUAGAAACCAAGAUGGCAGAGAUUCACACCUGAGACUUGUCUUAGUGGGUAAGACAGGAGCAGGGAAAAGUGCCACAGGCAACAGCAUCCUCGGAGAGAAAGUGUUUCAUUUCAGCAUUGCGGCAACAUCUGCCACCAAGACCUGUAAGAGGGGGAGCAGCAGGUGGCAGGGAAGAGAAAUUGUGGUCGUGGAUAUGCCUGGCAUUUUCGACACUGAGGCACAGGAUGCUGACACCUGCAAGGAGAUUGCUCACUGCAUCUUCCUGACCUCCCCAGGGCCCCAUGCUCUACUCCUGGUGAUCCCGCUGGGCUGGUACACGCAGGAAGAGUGAAAGGCCACGGAGAAGAUCCUGCAAAUGUUUGGGCUCAGAGCUAGGAGAUACAUGAUUCUCUUAUUCACCCGGAAAGAUGACUUGGAUGGCAUCAAUUUCCAUGAUUACUUAGAGGAAGCACCCAAAGAUAUCUGGGAGCCGGUGGGCAAGUUUGGUGAUCGCUACUGUGUGUUCAACAAUCAGGCAACAAGAGCUGAGCAGGAAGCCCAGAGAAAUCAGCUGCUCACCCUGGUCCAGCGCAUUCUAGUCAAGAAUGAAGGAAGAUGGUACAUUAAUAAGAUGUAAAAGGCUGACAAUGAGAUUCAGAAACCAAUGCAAGAAAUGCAAGAAUUUUAUGCAGCAGAGCUAGAGAGAGUGCAGAUAAGAAAGGAAUUUGAAUACAAAAUCAGAAAGCUGGAGGAUAAACUGGAGCAGCAGAAACAAAUGGAACAAAUGGAGAGGGAAUUGGCUGAGAAAGAGGCAUUAUAUGCUGUAAGGCUGCAAAAACACAGAGAUGAGAAUCAGUAUAAGAUAGUUGACUUGAUCAUGAAAGCUCUGCAGAUGGUUUUUCCUAUCUUCUCUCACCUGUUUAUGGAAGAUUAACCUGAAUGAGAAGAUCUCCUUAUUUGCUCCACAUUUUCUGCUGGCCCUGCCAAGCCCCCACCCCAGAACUCAUUCACCAACCUUGAAGCACUCUUGAUUCUGUCUCUCAGACUCUCAGGACGAAGGGGUAUAAUCAGAUUCACUGGUGGUGAUUGGUAGAUGUUUGAUUGACUUACCAGGGGAGGGACACAUUCUCAAUUUGUGGAACUCCAGAGUAGAAGGUAUUGAUGCUCUUCUAAGAAGAUGGCCCCAAAAUUUCUCUAUUUGUCCCGAGUGAAAUCCAGAUUCCUUCUAGAUUGGUGGAUCCUCUCCCUUUGUUGCUUCUACUCACUUAUUUUUGCUUUUAGGACAUGGCAAUCACCUUACCCAUAUGGUUUGUUACAAAGAUUGGUUCUUCAUGUUAGGUAGUCUAAUGAUAGAAAUGCUAAUAGAAUUCUUUCCAGAUGAAUGGAAAUUUAUUUAGUUACAUUUUUACAGAGGGACUCAAGUUGUUCCUUAUCAGCUGCCCACUGAAGAACAAAGAGUUGUCUGGAAACUAGACCUCUCAGAACUCAACUAAGUGAAAUGCCAGAAAGAGCAGUUGAAAGGCAAAGAUUCAACACAGAAGAGAACAACGGUUUGCUGUAUUCAGAUAUAUCUACAGCAACUCUUUGACAGACUUUAAUACAACAUAUUUGCUGAAUAACCAGUUCUCUCCUUUUCAUGUGAAACUAACUGUUGCCACUUCACCUCCAUCACCUCAGACCUUCAUACCUUACUGCACAUACCACCCUCUCCCAGCUGAACUGCUUGCUAGUUGGUAUUAUAAUAAAAGUUUUCUGUUCUGUCAUAUUUCCAUAAA